CUUGGUGGAUGCCGCUUCGAGACCGCAAUUCCCCACUCCCGCCGAAGGAUGCCCUACAGUCUCGGGACCGACAAGCUGGAGAAGGUCGAUCCGGACAAGAUCAAGGUCAGGUUGUCGAAAGAGGAGGAAGAGAAACUCGAGAGGGACAUGCGGGAGCUGUUUAACCGGCUCUUGCCCACCGAGGCCAUCGAGAUGAACCGGCGGAAGCUGGUCAGCAAACUUGAGAAGCUCUUCAACGAUGAGUGGCCGGGCCACGAUAUUCGGGUACACCUUUUCGGGUCAUCAGGAAAUCUGCUAUGCUCCGACGAUUCUGACGUGGACAUCUGCAUCACCACCCCCUGGCGGGAUCUGGAGAGUGUUUGUCAGAUCGCAGAACUUUUGGAACGACGUUGUCUGCGUUUCGUCGGCGAAGGUGCCCAUCGUGAAGAUCUGGGACCCCGAACUGAAGUUGGCCUGCGACAUGAACGUCAACAACACGCUGGCCCUCGAAAACACCCGCAUGGUGAGGACGUACGUCAGCAUAGACGAUCGCGUGCGGCCCCUGGCCAUCAUCGUGAAGUACUGGACGCGGAGGAGGGUCAUCAAUGAUGCAGCGUUUGGCGGGACUCUGAGUUCCUACACUUGGAUCUGCAUGAUCAUUGCCUUCCUCCAGUUACGCGAUCCUCCGGUGCUCCCCGCGCUCCACCAACGCCACAACCUGAAGCUCCUCAAGCCCGAUGGAACACGUAGCGAGUUUGCCGACGACAUCCCGAAGCUGCGCGGCUUCGGUUCGAAGAACAAGGACAGCCUGGCAGCUCUCCUGUUCCAGUUCUUUCGGUUCUACGCGCAUGAGUUCGACUACGACAAGUACGCCUUGUCAAUACGGAUGGGCAAAUUGCUGACGAAGGUGGAGAAGAACUGGCAUAUUGGAUCGAACAACGCGCUCUGCAUCGAGGAGCCGUUCAACACAGUACGGAACCUGGGGAACACGGCCGACGACACGUCCUUUCGGGGGAUACAUUUGGAAUUGCGAAGGGCGUUUGACCUCAUCUCCGAAGGCAAGUUUGAAGAGUGCUGUGAGGAGUACGUGUUUCCCAAAGAGGAGGAGAGGAUAUGGCAGAAGCCGGCAUCAGCACCAAGGCCGGUUCUCUUGAGGAGUUCCUCGCAACAACAGAGCGGUGGCGGCCGCGGCCGCGGCGGGUUCCGUGGCAGCCGGCAAUUCCACCGGAAUAGCAACGCGAAUCGCAGGGCCUCGUCGAGUGUCACGCACGACAACAGCCAGGCUUUCACACCGGGAUCCGUGCCCUCCACCCUGAGUCCCCAGGAUAUCUUGUGGUAUCAGGCCCAGAAUCCCCAGCUCGGCGUGCCUCAGGAAAUCUUUACCACGUCGCUCAAUGCGCUAGCGCACGAGACGAUGCGGUUCCAGCUGUACACGCAGCUCAACCAGCAACAAGUGCUCGCCCACGCCCAGCGGAUGCAGCAGAACGGUUCGGCAACGGACAGAUCCCGCACCAACUCGUUCGACAAACCUCCACUGACAGCCCCGAUCCGGCCCGAGCUCAUGUACGGCUUUGGAUUCCCCAUCCAGCACACGCCCUACUUCCAUCCGGGGUUCACCACGUACCCUUCGUCCCCGGCGUCGGCGGCCCCGCCAUCCAACGGGCAGCCCGAGUUCCGUAGGAGCCUCCACCGGAACCCUCCCACGAGUGAUUCCAGCACGUCGUCUGGCAGCGGUGCCCUUAGGUCGCAAUCCCAGCCAGCGUCGAGAACCCCCGUGGCCGCUUCGCAAUCUACGGGCCCAUACUCGACAUCUAGUCAGUCGUCUUAUCAUGGGGUAUCCGCGUCGCUCUCGCGCCAGAUGGGUGGCAUGCACAUAUCCGGUUACAGCGUGGACGAAGCUGGUGACGGAGGAUCCGACGACGCGGCGGCGAAGUCGUCAGAUUCGCCACCCCAGGACGACGGUCCCCGUUACAUUGGGUACUAUGUGAACGACUACACGAACCAUAGCCGCCAAGCGAAUGGCUUCCCCAGUAACGGCAACGCCGGCAAUGGAGUUGCAUCCGGCGAGCGUAGCCAGAGCAGCCAGGGAGGAGGGGGAGCACGUCGCCGGUUGUCGACCGACCAGCUUCCUCAGUCCAUCUUGGAUCGGAGGAUCAAGCGGACGUCGCGGUCGCCAUCGCCCAUGGGGCAUGCCAGGACUGUGUCUACUAUCGGCGUAAACUCCACGCCAUCGCUCUCGGCACCUUGUUUAGCUCAAGCUAACGGGAAACCACCGUCCAAACCGCUGGUGGUUAACGGGACCGCAUCCAAACCGGCAUCAACUCCCGGGGGUGCCUACCCUGCACCGGCCGCCGAAGUCCUCGCUGCCAAUGACAUCAACAUUGACAGCCCCCUGCACAUUCACGGUGCGAGCCCCGGCAAUUCGUGGCCAGAACCGCACAGCACCACCCCGUCAUCCAGCAGCGCCGAGCCUCAGGCAACGCCCGCUUCGCAGCGGCCCGUCAUUGUGAAUGGCUCUUCAACGAACCGCUCGCCAUCUGCCAUGCCUCCUAACAUGGUGGAUGCGUCAUUCCAGCAGCGGGUUGCCAUGGGUCUUCAGCCUGCUUAUUCCGCCGUUGCCGGGGACCCGAACAACAUCGCGGGCUUCUCGCGGGUCCAUACUCGGCAGCCGCUGGCGCCACUGGAUCUAGCCAUGGGCGACUUUCCGGUCCAGCAAGCGUUGCCGCACCUCUCCCCCGUCUACGAGCAGCGCACCCCGUCGCCGACGGUCCCGCGGAAGUUUGAGCCAUCGCCCGUCGCUCAGUCGUCAGGGGCUCCCUCGACAAAAGAGUUUCCAAAAACUGCUCACAAGGCCUCCAACAGUGGCAACAGGUCACCGAACGGUCCUCCCGCGAGACAGCAGCAGCAGCAGCAGCAGCAGCAGCAACAGCAACAGCAAUCACAGCAAGACGCCACGGUCCGAUCGCCAGCCCAAGACCACAGAAUCAACGGGUUGGCAAGGGAGAACGGACAUGUCCGCGCUGCUAAGAGCCAGACAGAGAGCUUCGGCGGAUGGCAGAAAUCCAAGUCCCGCAAGAAGGGUGUUAGUGAUCUGAAGCACGCGGCGGGAGCAGCCGCCAAUGGCAAUGGCCUUUCGCCCCACAGCGAGCCGCCCCCCAAGAAUGAUGCCGACAGGAAAGGCGGCUGAACGAGUCUCCCUUGUCGCGGGUGGUGAUGCGCUGUCGUGCUUGAGUCCCGCCGAGCAGCUCCCCUUGCCGCUAAAAAAAGAAAAAGCCCCAGUGACUAGGUGGCUUCUGUUUGGAUACGCGGGUACCCGCGGCUUGGGUCUAACCCUACCAGUUUGCACGGCCAUUACUCGUUAGUUUUGAGGCCGCCUCCGUUGUUGUUAUUGUUGUUGUCGCCGUUGUUGAUGUCGUUGUCGUUGUUGGACAGCUCCUUUUCCUUCAGGAUCUCGCCAUCUGAUUGAGGCCGUUUGUGC